GGAACCAUGACGAAACACCAAGACGACCUCGAUCUCGAUCUCCUCCUCUCCCUUCAAGACAGGGUUUUGGAAACUCCUCCGACUUCUCCCUCACUCCAUUCACCGGGUUACUUAUCCGACGAUGGCUCGCCCACGCAAAGGGAGACGGUUGAUAUGUCGGUAUUUAGAAAUGCUGUUCAGGAUUGUCUUGAAGACGAAACCAAAGCAUAUAAAAAACCUGAGAAGUUGAAUAGGCCGGUGAACAAGAAAUCAGAUCAUAUCGAGGUCGAGAAAUUUUCUGGUCUGCGAAUAAGGAACCAAUCGGUAACCUCUGCAGAGCUCAGGGAACGCUUUUCAGACAUUCGUUUUGUUCGGCUACCAGUAAUCAAGAAUUUGAUGAUAGGAGAUACUAUUUCUGGAUGUUGGGCGACGGUUGGAGUACUGACAGAGAAAGGAAGUCCCAAGACAAGUUCGACAGGGAAGAGUUUCUGUAUAUGGAAAAUUGGGAGUUUGGAUGAAAGUAAUAUUUCUCUUUUCUUGUUCGGUGAUGCUUAUAAGAGGAACUCGCAAGAACAUGCAGGGACGCUCUUUGCAUUGUUUAACUGUUCAGUACGCAAGGAUGCUAUGGGUAAUGGUUUUUCAUUGAGUGUAUAUUCCCCAAGUCAAAUUUUGAAGAUAGGAACUUCUAUUGAUUACGGAGUUUGCAAGGGAAAACGAAACGACGGGAUGCCUUGUACGUUGGUUGUAAAUAUACGUCAAGGGAUAUAUUGUAAAUAUCAUAAAUCGAAAUCAUCAAAAGAGUACUCCACAAUGAGAACUGAACUCAAGGGAGGGAACUUAAAAACAGCAUUUAGGCCUAGGGAUUAUCUCAAGUCAGAAGGAAUCUACUUAGUUGAUCCUGUUAUUGGCAAAACAAACCCAACGAAAUCUCAGCCACUAAAGUUGUUGUCAGUGGAUGCUCUUAAAAAGGCAUUGAGCAAUGCUGACAAAGUGACAACAAAUAUGCAUUCGCAAGGGAUCAGAUUUCUUUCAGAGGUCACAGGCAAGCCUGACUCUAAGGCAGUGAAGAGAAAACAAAUGAUGCCAAAUGAGCAAAGCAAGUGCAUUGAUAAGAGGAAAGCGUCGUCAUUAAACGAGGGAUCCCCUGCAACAACAUACGGACACUUAGGUGCCAAAAGAAUAAAAGCCGAAGGGCAAGCAUCGGCUGAUAAAACCACAAGGGGUAGUGGAAAGAUGAUCGAAUUAGACCUUGUUAGUUCAGAUGAGGACAUCUGAGACUUCUGGUCUGAGCACAAUCCAGCUGAUUCUGUUGCUGAGAUUUAUAGUAUUGAAGAAAAUUUACUUUCUGAUUAGAAAACGAAGACUUCUGCAGGAUGGUAACUGGUAAGUGAUGGUGUAAUAGCGCAGAUCAGUGGACAUAGAAGCUCAACACGUCGGGAAGGGCUGUCAUUGCUGCAAAUAUGCUAAAUGCGAGGGCGGGGUUCAAAUUUUGGGAUUGUCAUGUUUGGUUCAGAUGAAUUCAAUUUUAUUCCUUUGUCCGGGGAAUGCUGAUUACCACAACUGGACAAAUGGGGACUGGUUACCAAGUGUCGUUGGUGGUGGUAUGUGCAUCCUUUUUGGGAGUAAUUUUUGUUUGACAAAAACACUCCUUAUACAGCCCCGAAAUGCUC